CAAAGGCGGCGUUGCCAGUUUAAAAAACACCGGAAUCGAAAUAGUAAUUGGCUUAAAUAUAGCAAUUGAAACUUGGUUUCAUGUUACUUAACAGCAACAACAAACACAGCAAUCGUUAUAUUUUCCUGAUGUCUGUUUAUAAUAUACACAAUCGAGUAAAGGGAUCAGAGAUCGGAACAAAAUUCAUUCAAGAUGCCUUAUCUGUACGGGAUAGCGGACACCAAGUUCCUGGUGAAGAAGGUGAAAACGAGGACCAAAGCUCGUACGGAGAUGGCACCCACCAAAUUCCGGCGGAAUGAUUUCCUCAAGGGUUGUCCCAAAUACGACAAGGACGACGUCCCCAUCCAGUUCAGGACGACUCCCGAUUCGCUCGUGGAGUUGUGUUCCAUUGUGGUGGACAAGCUGCCAUUGCCGCCGAUCUUCGAGUGGGAUGAUAUGGACAUCAGAAGGUGGAUCAAUAGUUAUGGGUAUCCCCAGUAUAUGAACACCUUCCGUGUAAAUAUGAUCACGGGCAGAAAGCUGCUCCUGCUGGACGCCUCUGCUCUCAGUGCGAUGAACAUCAAGGACUUCGAUCACAUCCGGCACAUUACCUACGGCAUCCGGAUGCUCUUCCACUUCGAGCUGACCAAGUUCUCGUCCAGCAUUUCCCUGCCCGACGAGAAGCCCAACGAGCUGUACUUGCUGUUCCACACGCAGACCGGCGUUAACUACGAUGAGGUGAGGAGGUCGGAUCUCUACCGGCGGAUGCAGAUCCUCCGGGAGAGAGCUCGCAACCUGGACCACUGGGAUCUGCUGUAUCUCUGGCUGCGUCGCGAGCAGGAGAGGAAGUACAAGGAGCUGAUUGGCCUGGUUCGGCGGGCCAAUAUGUACAAGUGCCAUGUGGAGGUGGAGAAGCCGAAGCCAUAUUCGAUGGAACUGGAGCCCGAGGAGCUGAUGUGCAUGACCUGCCUGCCGCCGUGCGACUGCGACUGGACGGAUCGGGAUCUCCGGCUGCCGUGGCGCCUCGAGUGCCUGGGUCCCGUGCUGGCCUCCACCAUGAGCAAGUGGAACGCCAUGCAGGCGCAGUGCCACGCGUGCAUCCCGCCCUGCGAGUGCCGCUGGCCACCGCGCUACUACCUCACCGGAACGGUCAUCCGGUGCCUCCAGCAGAAAUUCCCGGAGAAGUUCUGCCCCAUCUUCGACGAGCGGUUCCGGGCCUCUCCUCGUCCCAGUCUCGUGGAGCGAUGGACCCGCUUCUCCAUUUGAUUCCGAAAUGGUUCUCUACUACUGAAAUUAUCUAUUUCAUUCUGGUAAUUCUGUGAGUCUUUUCAAAUGCGGUCUAAAGGAAUUAAAUUAUUAAAAAUCCAAA